UAGUCAGAACAUUUAAGAAUAUUAACUGUUACUCUGACUGACCUCCCUGGCCAGUGUACUGACUGCUGAACUAGGGAGCUGAUUGAGAGGCAUCCAAAUAUUUCGUUUGGGUUUAUUUUUCUUCCUGUUAAGCAAUGUCAUCUUAAACACGCAGUUUGUGUCCAAACACACAGAACAACUCCAGUUGACGUACUAUUAUAAAGAUGGCGUUUAUUAAAGUGGAAAGUGAAGACAUGAGGAUUGAAGAGGAUUUCAGAGUGAAACAAGAAGAUGCUGAGGAACAAGCAGGUCUGAUCAUACUGAAAGAAGAAAGUCACGAACUGAAUGAAAUGAAAGAGAAAGAUAAGCGUGAGAAGCUUCAUGAUUUCAUAAUUGGAGAAAAAUCCCAUCAGACUGGAAAAACGUCCUCACGAAAAAGAGCUCAAAAGACAGACUCUAACAGUUCUUUUACCUGCUGUCGGUGUGGAAAGAGUUUCAAUCAAAAACAAAACCUUGAAGUCCACAUGAGAGUUCACACUGGAGAGAAAAAAGGAAACCUUAAAAGUCACUUGAGAAUUCACACCGGAGAGAAGCCUUACACCUGCAAACUGUGUGGAAAGACCUUCACAGCAGAACCAAACCUUAAGUAUCACAUGAACAUUCACAAUGGCGUGAAGCCGUUCACUUGUGAUCAGUGUGGAAAGAGUUUCACCCGUAAAGUAACCCUCAAUUACCACGUGAGAAGUCACUCGGGAGAAAAUGGUUUAAUUUGUCAUCACUGUGGAAAGAAUUUCAGUCACAAAGUAAGCCUCAAGACUCACAUGAGGCUUCACACUGGAGAGAAGCCUUACACAUGCCCUCAGUGCGGAAUGAGUUUCACAUUCAAAGCAUCCCUUGAUUCUCACAUGAGAAGUCACACUGGAGAGAGUCCUUACACCUGCAAAGUGUGUGGGAAGAGCUUCUCGCUAAAAGGAAAUCUUAAGACUCACAUGAGAGUUCACACUGGAGAGAAGCCGUUCAUGUGUGUUCAGUGUGGAAGAUGUUUCACACGAAAAGGAACCCUUAAUUGCCACAUGAGGAUUCACUCAAGAGAGGACUGUUUUAUAUGUCAUGAAUGUGGAAAGAGUUUCCCAGACAUGAAACACCUAAACAGACAUGUAAUAACUCACUCCGGAGAGAAGCCUUUUAAAUGCCAGCAGUGUGGAAAGGGAUUCCAAUUCAAUAAAAACCUUCAAACUCACAUGAGAAUUCACACCAGAGAAAAAACGUUCAAAUGCCAUCACUGUGGGAAGAGUUUCGGUUAUAAAGUAAGCCUUAAGACUCACAUGAGACUUCACACUGGCGAAAAGCCUUACACCUGCCAUCAGUGUGGAAAGAAUUUCACAUAUACAGCAACGCUUAAUGCCCACAUGAGAAGUCACACUGGAGAGAGGCCGUUCAUAUGUGGUCAGUGUGGAAAGAGUUUCACACGCAAAGGAAACCUUAAUUACCACUUGAGGAUUCACUCAAGAGAGAACAGUUUUAAAUGUUAUCAGUGUGGAAUGAGUUUUACAGACAGGAAUCACCUUAAGAAUCAUGUAAUAACUCACACCGGAGAGAAGCCUUUCCUGUGCCAUCACUGUGGAAAGACUUGCACAAACAAAGCGAAUCUUGAGGUUCACAUAAGAGUUCACACUGGAGAGAGGCCUUUCACCUGCCCUCAGUGUGGGAAAAGUUUUACACUUAGAGGGAAUCUUAAGACUCACAUAAGAGUUCACACUGGAGAGAAGCCUUUCACAUGUCUUCAGUGUGAAAAGAGUUUCACAUAUCAAAGAGACCUGAAACGUCAUUUGCAAACUCAUUCUGACAAGAAAUUACAGUGUUCCGAGUGUGGAAAGGGAUUUCAGAAAAGUAGCAAUUUCAAAAAUCACCUGCACAUUCACUCCGGAGGGAGACGAUUUCAUUGUGAUCAGUGUAAUAAAACAUUUAUUUUGCCAUCACACUUACAGAUACACUUGAAGAGUCAUGCAGAUGUGAGACGCUAUUUGUGUUCUGUGUGUGGUAAGAGGUUUAAAUGGCUCGGCGAUUUAAAAUGGCACCAGAAAAUACGUAUCUGUGUGAAAUUGAAAAUUUCACCUUAGCUGAAUGCGGGCCAAAUCUGAUUGUCCAGCUUCAUGACCAUUUGCCUCCGUAUACUUUGUCUUGAGGCUUCUUAUUUCCUUUUGCCAUGUACAUAUUAACUUUUGUGGCCACACCUCACCAUCUCCUUUGCUAUAUAAAAUAUUGAGUGGUUGAGCUAGACACCCUCUAAUUUUGAUUCUAUAGAGGUGUGUCGCUCCAUUCCAUAUGUUUAUAUCUCGGAAUCGUAAUAUUAGUUCAACUUCUGUCUUGCUGUGAAUUGCUACAAUAUACAUUAUAAGAAAGACUAUAAAUAAAAGGACACACGCUGAAAAAUGCACAGUUAAAGAUAUGUUAUCUGCCU